GUCCAGAAAGUCAAAAUUGACCGGUAAAUUGCAAAGCCAUUCUCUGCUAAUGUAAAUCGCUUUCCAAAGCAAAACCCCUUUCUGGUCUCUGCUGCUUCCACAUCCCCUCUUCUGCAACAAGAUCAAAAUUACCCAGUUCCUUACUACUUAAUAUGAAACCUCACAUACUUCUAAACUCUCAAUUACUUACUUACAAUAAGCUUAAACCCUCAAUUCUCAUUUCCUAUGCACAUUUUUCUUCAACUCCAAUCCCAAUUAUCGACCACUUACAUGCUGAAACUCUACAUCCAAACGCCUCCACAGACUCACCACUUGUAAUAACUCAUCAAUCUUUGCUGGACUCCAUCCAAUCUUCUCAGUGGCAUCUUAUCAAACACCUUGCACCCAACCUGAGUCCUUCACUUAUUUCAGCCACUCUACUGAGUCUCCACAAAAAAUCUGAUUUAGCUCUUCAAUUCGUAACCCACAUUGGAUUUAAGGGUCUGGAUAUCAAAACUAAAUGCCUUGCUGUUGCAGUAGUUUCGCGCUCCCCCUCUCCGAAAUCUACUUUGCACCUUUUAAAACAGACUAUUGAAAGUCGCGUUGCUGGGGUUAAGGAUGUUUUUCAUGAGUUAGCGAUUACUCGGGAUCGCUUAGGUACUAAAAGUAGUAUAGUCUUUGAUAUGUUGAUAAGGGCUUGCUGUGAAUUGAAGAGAGGUGAUGAUGCAUUUGAGUGUUUUGAUAUGAUGAAGGAGAAGGGUGUAGUUCCAAAGAUUGAAACAUUUAAUGCUAUGCUGAGUUUGUUUUUGAAGUUGAAUCAGACGGAGACUGUGUGGGUUCUGUAUGCAGAGAUGUUUAGGUUGAAAAUCAAGUCAACUGUGUAUACAUUUAAUAUAAUGAUUAAUGUUUUGUGUAAGGAAGGGAAGUUGAAAAAGGCAAAGGAUUUUAUUGGGUCUAUGGAGAAUUUGGGGGUGAAGCCUAAUGUUGUUACAUAUAACACGGUAAUUCAUGGAUAUUGUUCGAGAGGAAGAGUUGAAGGUGCUAGAAUGGUUCUUGACAUAAUGAAAAAUAGAGGGGUUGAACCUGAUUCAUACACUUAUGGUUCACUUAUUAGUGGAAUGUGCAAGGGAGGAAAACUUGAGGAGGCAUCUGGGAUACUUGAGAAAAUGAAAGAAAUUGGGUUGCUACCAACUGCUGUGACUUAUAACACACUGAUUGAUGGGUACUGCAAUAAAGGGGAUUUGGUGAAGGCUUUUGGCUACAGGGAUGAGAUGGUCAGGAGAGCCAUAUUGCCUACGGUUUCUACUUAUAAUUUGUUGAUUCAUGCUUUAUUUUUGGAAGGUAAGAUGGAUGAAGCUGAUGGUAUGAUAAAAGACAUGGGAGACAGUGGGAUAGUUCCUGAUUCGAUAACCUAUAACAUCUUGAUUAAUGGAUAUUGCAGAUGUGGGAACGCAAAGAAAGCAUUUAACCUCCAUGAUGAAAUGAUAAGUAAGGGUAUUCAGCCUACACUGGUUACAUACACAUCACUGAUUUAUGUUCUGAGUAAACGGAACAGAAUGAAAGCAGCCGAUGACCUGUUUGAAAAGAUUAUUCGUGAAGGAGCGUCACCAGAUCUUAUAAUGUUCAAUGCCUUGAUUGAUGGUCAUUGUGCUAAUGGGAAUCUGGAUCGUGCAUUUGCAUUGUUGAAGGAGAUGGACAAAAGGAAUAUUGUUCCUGAUGAAGUGACGUACAAUACCCUAAUGCAAGGCCGUUGUAGAGAGGGAAAAGUCGAAGAAGCUCGUGAGCUUCUCAAAGAGAUGAAGAGAAGAGGAAUCAGACCUGAUCACAUUAGUUACAAUACUCUGAUUAGUGGGUAUAGUAAGAGAGGAGAUAUAAACGAUGCCUUCACAGUUAGAGACGAGAUGUUGAGUAUAGGAUUCAAUCCUACACUUCUCACUUAUAAUGCCCUAAUACAAGGUUUAUGCAAAAAUCAGCAAGGAGAUCUUGCUGAAGAGCUCCUCAAAGAGAUGGUUAGCAAAGGCAUUACUCCUGAUGACAGUACCUACUUCUCAUUGAUUGAGGGGAUAGGAAAAGUUGAUGACUCUUCAGAAGCUAGUGAUUCUUAAUCAGUUUGUUUGACGAGAGCUUUAAAUCUUUAUUAGAGAUUGAGUAUGUUAGAAGGAACAGUCAUCUUGCAUGUCGUACUGAGAAGUUGAAUGGGAUCCACAAAGAGUUACUUGAGAAUACUUCGCCGUAAGAGCAUGGAUUAUAUUCCUCUAAUUUUUAAUUGUUUUCUUUCUGUAAAUAUGUAGUUGUAAUGAACCCAUUUAACAAGAAGAAAAACAGAAGUUAGCGAUUUAUGUAAACCUGAAGAAUAAAUGACUUCUAUGUUUUUGUUCCA